AUGGAUUUAAAUUUACGAAAACCAAUGUUUUUGCUAGAUAAUCUAACAAAUGAUAUAAGUGGAAAUAAAUUACCCACUAACAAACAAGUUUUGAGGUUAUUAUUUCAUUGCACUAAGAACAUGAAAACAACAGUUUAUGAAGGCUGUAAAAUAACAAUUGAAAAAGUGAAAAAAUUUUGGGUGUUUGCUGGGAUUUUUAUACUAGAUGACAAACGAUGUAUAAAAAAAUUGGAAAGUUUGCACGAAGAGUACAGAAUGGUACAUAAAAAUGCUGGCAUACCAUCAAAUCAUCAAAAAGAGCAAGAGUUUUUUCUUAAAUUGGAACAACUUUUUGAUAUUGCUCAUAGUCGAAUUUUUGAAAUGGUCAGCAAUGAAAUAAAAAAUUUUUUGAUUGAUCAACGAUCAGAUAGAAAUUUGCACCUGAAUUUUUCGGCCAAUCAGCAAAGUCGUCCAAACGAGUUGUCCGAAAAUCUACUUGUUAAUGUUGAUCACUUCAAUGAGCCAUCAACUUCAAAGAUUCCACUUUCAGAAAAUGAUGAUUCCUUUAUAAAACUAUCACCUUGUCAAGAAAUUAAAACAAUAUCUCAGAGUAUAGAACACGAGUCAGAUAACGUUGAGUUAACGAGGAAAAUUUCAAAUAAUUAUUUGCCAUCAAGUUCAAUUAGUUCAGAAGGAAUUAUGUCCAGUGGGGAAAUGAUUAGUUCUUCGUCACCACCCAGUCAAAGAUCAGAAUUUGAAGUAGGUGGACGAUACUACAAUCGGAAAAAUGAGAGAGGAGUUAUUAAUAUUAUGACUGAAAAUGUCGUAGCCACUUUGGAUAAUUGUAAAGUAUCGUAUAGAAAUUCGGUCCGGAUUAUAUCCGCAAUAUCUGAAGCGCUCCAAUUUGACAAGUAUUUAAACAGAAUGAUGAUUUAA